AUGAAGCUAAUUAUUUCAUUCAUUUUCGUCAAUCUCUUCAUCUUCAUCACCACUCUCUCACUUCUCUCCGCCGCUUCCAGCAUAAUCUACGACUCCACCGGCAACAAGCUUCUAAGGGGCAUCCCGUACUACAUACUCCCCCUCCUCCGUGGCUCCGGCGGCGGACUCACGCUUUCUCAGAACACCAAAGAUGCUUGUCCACUCAACGUCACCCAAGAGUCUUUCGAGGUCAACAAUGGAGCUCCAUUCACCUUCAACCCCAUAAUUCUCGACGAAGAAAUCAUCCGUGGAGCUUACCCCGUUUCUAUCGAAGCUGAUGUCGUAAACCCUUGCCAUGGAUCGAACAUAUGGAAGGUAACGACGGCGACAGCGGCCAAGGACGACGAAGACGAUCUUCUGACGAAUAUUAAACAUAAGAAGAAGAAAGAUGGUGAUAAAGUUGUUUCUGUUCAAAUAGUGACCACCGGCGGGGAGUUUAACAAGCCGGAAAGUUGUUUUCAGGUCGUGGAAGAUGAUGUGAUGCCGGGAUUGCAGAGCUACCAGAUUCAGCAUUGCCCGUUUAAAUGUGGUACGACGAGUACUGAUCUUACUUGCUAUAACGUCGGCGUUGUUAGAGAUUCCGAUGGCAAGGGAUAUCUUGGUCGGACGGAUGCUAUCUUCCCUGUCGUGUUUACAAAUUCUUUACGCUCGUCUAGCCAAUUAAUGGUCAAAGUCAGCACAUCUAGUCAACCGGGGAAAUUAAUGAGGUCCGAAUAA